AUGUUUCUUUCUUUCUUCAUUUUUUAUUUCUCCUUUCUUUCUUUCUUUCUUUCUUUCUUUCUUUCUUUCUUUCUUUCGUUGUUCCUUUCUUUCUUUUUCUUUGCUUUCUUUCUUUCUUUCUUUCUUGCUUUUUCCUUUCUUUCUUUCUUUCUUUCUUUCUUGCUUGCUUUUUCCUUUUUUCUUUCUUUCUUUCUUUUCCUUCCUUCCUUCUUUCCUUCCUUCCUUUCUUUUCGUUUCUUGACUCUUUCUUUCUUUCUUUCUUUCUUUCUUUCUUUCUUUCUUUCUUUUCCUUUCUUGCCUUUUUCUUUCUUUCUUUCUUUCUUUCUCUUUCUUUCUUUCUUUCUUUCUUUCUUUCUUCUUGCCUUUUCCUUUCUUUCUUUCUUUCCUUGCCUUUUCUUUUCUUUCUUACUUUUUUCUUUCUUUUCCUUCCUUCCUUCCUUCCUUCCUUCCUUCCUUCCUUCCUUUUCUUUCUUUCUUUCUUUCUUGCCUUUUCCUUCCUUUCUUUCUUUCUUUCUUUCUUUCUUUUUUACAUUAUAUACUUCAAUCUUUCUACAGAUUCCUUUCUUUACAUUUUUUUUCUUAAGAUUUACUUCUUUCAACUUUCAUUUAUUUUUUAUUUCUUCUUCCUUUUUCAUAAUUCCUGUUACUUUUUUUUCAUUAUUACUUCAUUAUCUAUCUAUCUAUCUAUCUAUCUAUCUAUCUAUCUAUCUAUCUAUCUAUCUAUCUAUCUAUCUAGUUUUUAUUGCAUUCAUUCAUUAUUCUUUCUUCCUUUCUUACUUCCAUUUGUCUUUCUUUCUCUCUGCUUACCUCUUCUGUUCACAUCUAUCUAUCUAUCUAUCUAUCUAUCUAUCUAUCUAUCUAUCUAUCUGUCAGUUUUUUAAUAUCUAUCUAUCUAUCUAUCUAUCUAUCUAUCUAUCUAUCUAUCUAUCUGUCAAUUUUUUAAUAUCUAUCUAUCUAUCUAUCUAUCUUUCGUUCAUAUCUAUCUAUUAUCUAUCUAUCUCAGUUAAUAUCUAUCUAUCUCAGUUUGUUCAUAUCUAUCUGUUUGUUCAUAUCUAUCUAUCUAUCUAUCUAUCUCAGUUAGUUAAUAUCUAUCUAUCUAUCUAUCUCAGUUUUUUCAUAUCUAUCUAUCUAUCUCAGUUUUUUGUUCAUAUCUAUCUAUCUAUCUAUCUAUCUAUCUAUCUAUCUAUCUAUCUAUCUCAGUCAGUUAAUAUCUAUCUAUCUAUCUAUCUCAGUUUUUUCAUAUCUAUCUAUCUAUCUAUCUCAGUUUGUUCAUAUCUAUCUAUCUAUCUAUCGAUCUCUCUCAGUUUGUUCAUAUCUAUCUAUCUAUCUAUCUAUCUAUCUAUCUAUCUAUCUCAGUUAGUUAAUAUCUAUCUAUCUAUCUAUCUCAGUUUUUUCAUAUCUAUCUAUCUAUCUAUCUAUCUAUCGAUCUCUCUCAGUUUGUUCAUAUCUAUCUAUCUAUCUAUCUAUCUAUCUAUUGAAGUCACAUUCAUCUAUCUAUCUAUCUAUCUAUCUAUCUAUCUAUCUAUCUAUCUAUCUAUCUAUCUAUCCCCAGCCUGUUCAUAUUUAUCUUUCGAUAUGGUGUACAUUAUCUCAAUCAUAUCUAUGUAUGUAUGUAUGUAUGUAUGUAUGUAUGUAUGUAUGUAUUUAUGUAACUAUCUGUCUGUUAAUAAAUAUCUAUCUAUCUAUCCCUAUCUAUCUGAAUCUAUCUAUCUAUCUAUCUAUCUAAUCCUCUCUCUCUCUCUCUCUCGCUGUUCUUUUAUUCGUUUCCGGGGAUUUGGAAGCCAUUUUUAA